UCAUUCCAGGAUCAGUUCAGUUGCGUCUCAGUGGGUUUUGUUCAGACUGCAGAAUCUUCAUCUUCAACUCUUUGGACUGUUUGAACAAACUAUGAAGGCGUGUGUGUGAGCUGAUGUGGACGUGAAUUCAGCAGAAUGGACCAGUGUGAGGACGGAGAGGACGGAGUCCCUCCCUCUAAAACCUCUCUGUGUGGGGGACAUGAGAGUCGGAGCAAAGCUCAGAGGAAUCAACCUGGACCCGGAGCCGGUCCCAGAUCUGAACCCAGCUGUAUGUCCUUGAAGAGCAACCGAUUAAAAGACUUGGUAAACUUCUUUGAAGGAGACCAAGGUUCUGCUGGAAAGAGGAUCCAUCAGAAAGGAGAAUCUCUUGAACCUGGACCCAGCUGUUUGUCCUUGAAGAGCGACCGGUCAAAGGGCUGGAUCGCUAACUUUAAAGGAGACCAACGUUCUCCUUCAGAGAGAGUGGACCAGCAGAUCUCAGAGUCCCCCAGUGGUCCGUCUGUCCAGCAGCAUCAGACCCAGCUGGACUCCGUCUUUCAGCUGCUGGAGGACGACAUUGUCCUGUUUGUGAAGGACGAGCUGAAGAAGAUCCAGAGGGGUCUGAGUCCAGAUUACCCAGAAUCCUUAGAGCAUGUGUUGCAGGGUGAGGGUGAAGAGCAGAGGAGCAGAGAGGCGUUUGUGAAGAUCACAGUGAACUUCCUGAGGAGAAUGAAGCAGGAGGAGCUGGCUGAGCGUCUGCAGAGCAGUACUUUUGAAGUUUGUAAAAAGCGGCUUAAGUCUAAGCUGAAGGAGAAGUACCAGUGUGUUUCUGAGGGGAUUGCUAAAGCAGGAAACCCAACCCUUCUGGAGCAGAUCUACACGGAGCUCUACAUCACAGAGGGAGGGACCGGAGAGGUCAACGAUGAACAUGAAGUCAGACAGAUUGAAGCAGCUUCCAGGAAACCACACAGAGCAGAGACAACCAUCAGACAGGAAGACGUCUUUAAACCCCCACCUGGAAGAGAUGAACCAAUCAGAACAGUGAUGACGAAGGGAGUGGCCGGCAUCGGGAAAACUGUCCUAACACAGAAGUUCAGUCUGGACUGGGCUGAAGGCAGAACCAACCAGGACAUCCAGUUCCUGCUUCCAUUCACCUUCAGAGAGCUGAAUGUGCUGAGAGAGGAGAAGUUCAGCUUGGUGGAACUAAUUCAUCACUUCUUCUCUGAAACCAGAGAAAUGUGCAGCUUUGAAGAGUUCCAGGUCGUGUUCAUCUUUGACGGUCUGGAUGAGAGUCGACUUCCUCUGGACUUCCACAACAAUAAGGACCUGACUGAUGUUACAGAGUCCACCUCAGUGGACGUGCUGCUGACAAACCUCAUCAGGGGGAACCUGCUUCCUUCUGCUCGUCUCUGGAUCACCACACGACCCGCAGCAGCCAAUCAGAUCCCUCCUGAGUGUGUCUCCAUGGUGACGGAGGUCAGAGGGUUCACUAACCCACAGAAGGAGGAAUACUUCAGGAAGAGGAUCAGAGGAGAGGAGCAGACCAGCAGGAUCAUCUCCCACAUCAAGACAUCACGGAGCCUCCACAUCAUGUGCCACAUCCCAGUCUUCUGCUGGAUCACUGCUACGGUCCUGGAGAACGUCCUGGAGAACGUCCUGGGAACCAGAGAGGGAGGGAGGCUGCCCAAGACCCUGACUGAGAUGUACAUCCACUUCCUGGUGGUCCAGGCCAAACUGAAGAAGGUCAAGUAUGACGGAGGAACUGUGAUGGAUCCACACUGGAGUCCAGAGAGCAGGAAGAUGGUGGAGUCUCUGGGAAAACUGGCUUUUGAGCAGCUGCAGAAAGGAAACCUGAUCUUCUAUGAACGAGACCUGAGAGAGUGUUGCAUCGAUGUCAGAGAGGCUUCAGUGUACUCAGGAGUGUUCACCCAGAUCUUUAGAGAGGAGAGCAGCCUGUACGAGAACCAGGUCUUCUGCUUCAUCCAUCUGAGUGUCCAGGAGUUUCUGGCUGCUCUUCAUGUCCAUCAGACCUUCAUCAACUCUGGAGUCAACCUGCUGGGGGAACAGAAUAACACAGAGACUGACCUCUACCAGAGUGCUGUGGACAAGGCCUUACAGAGUCCCAACGGACACCUGGACUUGUUCCUGCGCUUCCUCCUGGGUCUUUCACUGGAGACCAAUCAGAACCUCCUACGAGGUCUGCUGGAACCAGAACAAAGAAGUUCACAGAACAAUCAGGAAACAGUUAAAUACAUCAAGAAGAAGAUCAGUGAGGAUCUGUCUGCAGAGAGAAGCAUCAACCUGUUCCACUGUCUGAAUGAACUGAACGAUCGGUCUCUGGUGGAGGAGGUCCAACAGUCCCUGAGGUCUGGACGUCUCUCCACAGAUAAACUGUCUCCUGCUCAGUGGUCGGCUCUGGUCUUCAUCUUACUGUCAUCAGAAGAUCUGGAGGUGUUUGACCUGAAGAAGUUCUCAGCUUCAGAGGAGGCUCUACGGAGGCUGCUGCCGGUGGUCAAAGCCUCCAAGAAAGCUGUGUUGAGUGACUGUAACCUCUCAGAGGACAUCUGUCCACUUCUGUCCUCAGUUCUCAGCUCUCAGUCCUCCAGUCUGACAGAACUGGACCUGAGCAACAACGACCUGCAGGGUUCUGGCCUGGAGCAGCUGUGUCCUGGACUGGAGAGUCCACACUGUCACCUGGAGUCUCUCAGGCUGUCAGGCUGUCUGAUCUCAGAGGAAGGAAGUUCUUCUCUGGUCUCAGCUCUGACCUCCAACCCCUCCCACCUGAGAGAGCUGGACCUGAGCUACAACCAUCCAGGACAGUCAGCAGGGAAGCUUCGGUCUAUACUGGAGGAUCCCCGCUGGAGACUGGAUACUCUCAGGGUGGAGCCUGCUGGACAACGGUUUCUGACACCAGGUCUGAGGAAGUAUUCCUGUCAACUCACCGUCGACACAAACACAGUCAACAACCAGAUCAAACUGUCUGACAACAACAGGAAGAUGAUGUGUGUGGAGGAGGAUCAGUCGUAUCCUGAUCAUCCAGACAGGUUUAGUUACUGGGAGCAGCUGCUGUGUAGAGAAGUUCUGACGGGUCGCUGUUACUGGGAGUUCCAGAGGAGAGGAGGAGUUUAUGUAUCAGUGAGUUACAGAAGAAUCAGCAGGAAAGGAAACUCUGCUGACUGUGUGUUUGGAUGGAACGAUCAUUCCUGGAGUCUGGACUGUUCUGGUGACGGUCACCGGUACUCUGUCCGUCACAAUAACACAGUAACACCUUCCUCCUCCUCUUCCUCAGUCUCUGACAGAGCAGCAGUGUACGUGGACGUUCCUGCUGGAACUCUGUCCUUCUACAGCGUCUCCUCUGACGGACUGAUCCACAUCCACACCUUCAACACCACGUUCACUGAACCUCUCUGUCCCGGGUUCGGGUUGGCUUCUGGUUCUGGUUCUGGUUGUUCAGUGUCUCUGUGUUGAGUUCAGUCUCCAGAGUCUCCUCCUGUCAGAGAAACUGUCUCUGUUGGACAGAUAGUUGAGUCUGUACAUGUCUGUCUCUGUCUCCACCAGAACACCUGAAUCACACGUUGGUGAAACUGUUCUGAAUGAUUCCUUGGAAACUUCUUCCUCUUCCGGUCCUUUAAAGGUGAAGCUGCCGUUAUUCCAGGAUCCACAUGUUGUUCUUCCGUCUGUUUCCAGUCAGAGCUUCACGGUGAACAGCAGCGUGUUGUUUCUCUGCAGCUCAGUUCAGCUCAGAUCCUUCACUUCAUGUUCAGCUGCAGGUAGUUUGCUGCACAUGUGACCAACUGUGAUGUCAGAGAGGAAUCACUGAGCUGCAAUCAGCCCAGAUGAAGUUACAACCUGCUGUCAGAUCUGAGCACAAGGUUGCUGUGCAGCCAGGGUUCAUCCUGCUCUUUAUUCUCACCACUUCCUGUUCCAGCCAGGACGUCACUACUGGACUGUCAGGGUUCAUCCUGCUCUUUAUUCUCACCACUUCCCAAUAUUUGAUAUUCACUCAUUAAAAGUGCUGCCUCAACAUCUCCUCACAAUAAUUAUCAAAUUGAUUUAUCAUGCUAGGAAACAUAUUUCAGCAUCAAACAUCUUUUUUAUUCUUAAUCCAUUUAGUUUGUUCCAAUUUUCAAAAGAUCACUUAUGUAACAUUUUAGUACCAAAUCAUGAACAUCUUGAAAUCAAGUCCCAUUUAAAGGAAACUCAACCACCAUAACACUUUUAGCAAAUCAUGAAGUCCCACAUCUGUAGAAAUGAUCAGGUAUAAAAAUAAUCAGAACUUCCAAUCCCCCACAUUUGUACUAAUAAUCAAAUAUGUAACACUGGUCUGAAGGUUUUCCUGACAGAGUGGUUGAUUUAAGAACAUCCAGCCACCAGGGGGGGCUGCUGCUCUCCGUCCCGCUGAGUGCUGCUUAUCGUGGUAGAAGAAGAGAGACAACGAUAAGAAGCUGAUGAUGCUGAUGAAGCUGUUAUAUUACUUUGUGUCAUGAAUCUGAUGUUUGUGGUUCAGUGUGCGUCCAGAGAAACGUGAGUUAUAUUGUUGUUUAUUGGAAGCACUUCUUUGUUGUUAUAUUUUAUAAUUCCGCUGGUGAGUAUUUCCAGCAGUGUUAUUUACUUCGCUAAUCGUUCAAAAGUCAUUAGUUAUGUUAUCUGAAUGUCACUGACUGUUUUGGUGACGGUCGGUACCGGCUCCUUCACAAUACAAGAGGAACAUCUUCCUCCUAGUUAUGUUAUCUGAAUGUCACUGACUGUUUUCUUUGUUGUCACUUAAAUGUGAUAGUAUGCAUAUUAUCUCUGUUUAUGAUGUUCAUGCUAAUAACAUUAUUAUUUGGAUUGUGUGCUAUGGUGAAACAUACGUUUAUGGCUGUUUAUGGAUUUAUAUUAUUCUUUGGUUUGUUCCAGAACCACACACACCCACCACAUCUCUAAGUUCACUCUCUAGACUGGAUUAAA